GGCGACUUAUCGAUUUCACUGGAAUGGCUUCUUCUAAAAUCGAUUGAUGAUUCGAACUUGCCUUUAUAUGGUCAAGGGGACUUCCGUUUCAUGCGAAAAGUCAAAGUAUAUUAUUCCUCAAUGGCUGCGAAGGGUCUUUCUCACUUCUUUCAAAAGGACAAGACCUUUCGUCCGAAAAGGAAGUUGGAAGAAGGAACAUUACGUUACGAACUACACAAGCAGUCCAAGGCCUCACUUCAUUCCGGCAUCAAUCUGAAAGCAUGCGUGAAACUCCCAGCUGACGAGGAUCUCAAUGACUGGGUGGCCGUGCACAGUAAGAUUAAAAUCACAGCUCUCUAAUCAGACUGAACAUCUUAAA